AUGGGGCUUUUCAACGACAUUGACAUUGAGCGAGACUUUCCUGACCAUGAGGUCAAGUCUAUGGUGAAGCGUUCCGAGUGGGCAGCUCAGCAGCAUCAAGACUUCCUCCAUCACCAAUACCCAACCCAAGAGUACAGCACUAUUCACUCUUACAGUCCAACUUACUAUGGCAACGAGCAAACUUCAGCCAACACUUCCUACAGCACUCCCAGGCCUCAGAUUUAUGGACUGGCCGAUCUACAAGCGGGAUUGUCGUUGGAUGGUAGUGGUUCCGAGGAUGAUAGGUCUGAGAGUAGGAGUGAAGACGAACACGCGAUGGGCACGAAGGAGGUAGUGUGUUGUGGAAGAUCUUGGAAGCAAGGAGCCAACUUCAGGAAACACUACAAUCGUAAACAUAAUCGUCGUCUGAAUUGCGUCUUCCAGAACGACUGUGACUAUCUCGGGGCAGACAAGAAGGAACUUCAUCGUCACUACUGGGUAUCUCACAAGGAAUAUGCUCGAGCGAACCAGAUCCCUGAUCCGAGUGGAACUUGCGAGGCUUGUGGGAAGUAUUUUAGUCGGAAGGAUCGGACAUCACUGCGGUUGUGA